AUGUCGGACGUCUCCGUAAGCGCGGAACUCGCCAAAAUCCAUAUGAAGUACGCAGAUGAGGAAACUGCAUUAAAGAAAGCACAAGCUGAGAUCAUCUAUAAACAGCAGUUAAUCAAGAUGGACCUUGAACUUUUAGCAGAAAAACGUGCAAUUGAAGAGAUGUAUGCUAAGGACAGCAUUAGUUUAGAGGAUUUAACAGAUGUUAGUUCGUGGUGUUCAAGUGAAUACAAGCCGAUAUCUGUGAAAGCUCAAGAGGAGAAUAUUCAGUCAGUUCAGUUAUCAGCCGAAACCCCAGCAUUUGUUCCUAGACAUAUGGAGCCACAUGCACCUAAGCGUAUUAGAGAUGGACUUUCACCCUGCACAGCCAGUGAACAAGGAUGGAAAGACUCUGUUCAUUCAUGGGAUUUCUCUCCGGAACCUACCUCAGCAUUUGAUAGGGACUUACUUCCUCCCGAAGUAGAUCAUAUUCCACCUAUAGGGACUCGUCCUGUAGAUCAGUGUUCCGACUUUGCUAAGUUCCUUCUCAAAAAGGAUCUUGUUCUUACAAGACUCUCCAAGUUCGAUGACCGACCUGAGAACUACUUAGCCUGGAAACACAGUUUCAAGUCAGUGAUGAAGGAGCUUGACAUAAGUGCAUCAGAAGAACUGGACUUGCUUGUGAAAUUCUUAGGCCCGAGUUCAACUCCUCAGGCGAUAAGUGUGCGUUCGUCAAAUCCGUUGGAUCACCAGAGAGGUCUGUUCAGAAUAUGGAGUCGACUUGAUGAGAGGUAUGGCAGCCCACAAGUGAUAGAAGCUGCACUAAAACGGAAACUGGAAAUCUUUGCUAAAAUCAGUGUUAGAGAAAAGGAGAAACUUUAUGUACUCUCGGAUAUUCUCUCAGAGAUUGAAUCAGCCAUGGAGGACCCACAGCUCAGGGACUUGUUAUCAGAGUUAAGUGAAUUUAUUCGUGAACAGAGCACUAUCUGGAAUGACCCUGGAUUUGUAUUUGCAUGUAAUCCACAGCCAGUUCAAACAGGAAACAGGGGACUCAGUGUAAAUAACAGAAAAACUGCUGUGGGGGACUCGAACAAUUCUGUGAGAUCAAAGUGCCCAAUACAUAAUGCAGAUCAUAGCUUACAGGACUGUAAAGGCUUUCUUAAGCUCUCCAUGACAGAAAGGAAGAAGUUCUUGCGUGACCGCAAUUUGUGUUUCAAGUGUUGCGCGUCUACAGAUCACCGCGCAAAGGAUUGUACUGUGCCGGUUAAGUGUAGAGUGUGUUCGAGUGAUAAACAUACGACAGCACUGCAUGUUGGUGUUGCCCAUAGAACUCAAAGCAAUCUUGAGCCAAGGGUCAGUGUAGCAGCCGAGCUCCAUGGCGGGGAGCCACAAACCUCUUUGUGUACGGAAGUAUGUGGACCAGGAUUUUCUGGGAAAUCCUGUGGGAAAGCAGUACUUGUGCGUAUAUACUCCACUGACACACCUCAGAACUAUUACCAUACUUACGCUCUUAUCGACGAUCAGAGCAAUAGGACACUAGCCCGUUCAAAGCUCUUUGAUGCUCUGUGUAGCCCUAAGACAGAGUCUGUGCAAUAUACCCUAUCUACAUGUGCUGGACGCUCAUCUGUUACUGGACGACAGAUGUCUGGACUUACAAUUGAAUCGUUAGAUAAGACAUUUAGAAUUGGUCUUCCACCAGUUAUCGAAUGCAAUAACAUUCCAAAUGAUCGCCAAGAGAUCCCCACACCAGAUGUGAUCACACAUUUUGAACACUUGAAAGGUAUUCAGAUCCCUCCUCUUGACGAGAAGGCAAACAUUUUACUUCUUAUUGGAAGAGACUUACCAGAAGUACACCAUGUAUUGGAACAGAAAACUGGGCCUAGGACUGCUCCAUUUGCCCAGCGGCUACCCCUUGGUUGGGUUGUGAUUGGUAACGUAUGUCUAGGAGACACAUGUACACCAUCGACUGUAGCUAGCGUCAAUAAGACUACGAUCCUGAGUAGUGGACGACCAUCUGCAUUUGAACCAUGUGAUCAUCACUUAGCUGUUUCGAUAAAUACUGUGAAAAGUGACGGAAUUGGACAGGAUGUGUUUAUUCGGACAACGGAUGAUGAGAAAGACGGAUACUCUGUCGAGGACCGACAGUUCUUGGAAAUCAUGGGUAAGGAGUUUAAGAAAACGCCGGAUGGUCAUUGGGAAGCACCAUUACCCUUUAAGGAGUCGCGUUCCCCUUUACCAAAUAACAGAGAGGAAGCUCUCAAACGUGCACGAAUCUUACAGAAGAACCUCCAACGAGACCCUGUGAAACGGGACCACUUUCGCACUUUCAUGACAAAGCUGCUGCAUAAUGGACAUGCAGAAGUGGCUCCACCACUUGAUACAGAACAGGAGUGCUGGUAUCUACCGUUAUUCGGAGUGUACCAUCCACGGAAAAGGGACCAAGUUAGAGUCGUUUUCGAUUCUUCAGCUAACUAUAAGGGAAUCUCACUAAACGCUGUUUUGAUGUCAGGACCUGUGCUUAUGAACAGCCUAGUUGGUGUGUUACAUCACUUCCGCAAGGAACCAGUUGCUGUAAUGGCGGAUAUACAGCAGAUGUUUUAUGGAUUUUUCGUGACAGAGAAUCAUCGCGAUUUCCUGCGUUUCUUUUGGCACCAGGACCACGAUCCCCAGAAGGAUCUAGUUGAGUAUAGGAUGUGUGUCCACGUUUUUGGAAAUUCUCCUUCUCCGGCGGUUGCGACCUAUGGUCUCCGUCGUUGCGUGGCACAGUCUGAAGAUCCAGAAGUGAGGGAAUUUGUUAACAACCAGUUUUAUGUGGACGAUGGUUUGGCAUCCUUCCCAACAGAAGAGGAAGCUAUAAAGGUGUUACGGAACACACAAGAGACUCUUUAUCAAGAGGGACAACUCAAGCUUCAUAAGAUAGCGUCCAACAGUAAAACUGUAAUGAAUAAUUUUUGCAUGGAGGACUUAGCAAGUGACUUAAAAACUUUAGAUAUUGCUAAGGCUGACUUACCUUUGCAGCACAGUCUUGGACUGGUCUGGGACCUCAAUUUAGACACAUUCACAUACCGUGUGCGUGACGAUGAUAAGCCGUUUACCAGGAGAGGUGUGCUGUCUGUGGUGAAUAGUCUAUUUGACCCCCUCGGAAUGAUCGCACCAGUCCUACUCCUAGGGAGGAUCCUGAUGCGUGACUUGAUAGCUGAGACUACAGAUUGGGACAUACCAUUGCCAGAGUGUCGCAUAAAGGACUGGAGGAAUUGGAAGGACUCCUUGAAAUCUCUAGAACAUCUUCAGGUUCCUCGAUGUUUACUUCAACAUCCUUACAAGGACUGUGUUCUGAAACGUUUGCAUGUGUUUUCAGAUGCCUCAGAGCAAGCGAUUGCUGCCGUCGCAUUCCUGCAAGCUAUUGACAGUAAUGGCGCUAUUCACAUAGGCUUCACAUAUGGGAAAUCCAAGAUAGCACCAAAACAUGGCCACACCAUACCGAGGCUUGAACUAUGUGCGGCAGUGUUGGCUGUUGAAGUGGGUGAGAUGGUAUCUCAACAUCUUGGACUGGAAUUGAGUGACAUUCAGUACUACUCAGAUAGUCGAGUGGUGUUAGGAUAUUUACAGAAUACGAGUAGACGGUUUUACAUUUACGUCAGCAACCGUGUUGCAAGGAUCCAUAGGUCAUCUCAACCUGAUCAGUGGAAUUACAUACGAUCCGAGAUAAAUCCUGCAGACUCGGGAACCAGAAUCAUGUUGGCGUGUCAGCUUCAGGAAAGUUCAUGGCUGAAAGGUCCAGACUUCUUGUACACAGAAACUGAGAGCCAUUUGAGUGAAGGAUUUCAUCUUGUCAACCCUGAGAGUGAUCGAGAGAUUCGUCCUGAGGUUACCUCGUGCAAGACCAAGGCAGAUGGCAAAGAAACCGUAGAUUAUCUCGGAACAUCUCGUUUCAAGCGAUUCUCCAGUUGGAAAUCUCUCUUAUCUGCCAUAAGAGUGUUGUUGCGAUUCUUGACAAAAUUUAGAAACAAGAACAAAGACACUGAAACUAAUGAAACAGAAUUCAUCAAGCAGGCUGAGAACCAGAUUGUUAGAGCAGUGCAGCGAGACAUGUAUCCUAGAGAGACUGAAGCUCUAAUGGAGGGCAGACCCAUACCGCGGACAAGCUCCAUUCUAAAGCUUGCACCUUUUAUAGAUGACCAAGGGAUCAUAAGAGUGGGAGGUAGACUCCAGACAUCAGACCUACCAUAUGGUGAGAAACAUCCAGUUUUGAUCCCGGGAAAACAUCAUGUUGCUACAUUGAUUGUUCGACGUUUCCAUGAACAGACUGAGCAUCAAGGAAGACACCUCACAGAAGGCGCCGUUAGGAAGGCAGGAUUCUGGAUCACUGGAGGGAAACGCCUCAUAUCGUCCAUACUCUUUCAUUGUGUAACUUGUCGGAGAUUGCGAGGGAAGUUUGUAGAACAAAAGAUGAGUGACUUACCUAGAGACCGUUUGACACCUUGUCCACCCUUCACAUUCGUUGGUGUUGACGUGUUCGGUCCGUGGGAUGUGUUAACCAGACGCACACGUGGAGGAAGUGCUAACUCGAAACGUUGGGCUGUGAUAUUUACUUGCUUGUACUGUCGAGCUGUUCACUUAGAACUCAUUGAGGAAAUGAGUACAGGAUCAUUCAUCAAUGCUAUGAGGAGAUUUUAUGCUAUUCGUGGUGAGGUCAAAGAAUUUAGAUCGGACCGAGGUACCAAUUUUGUUGGCGCCGCCGACGCCCUACACAUGAAGGUUAUCAAUGUAGAGGACUCCAAACUGAUUUCAAUCUUGGAAGACCACAUAACAGUAUGGAGAUUUAAUCCCCCUCAUGCAUCCCAUAUGGGUGGGGUAUGGGAGAGACUUAUUGGGAUAGCCAGACGUAUUUUGGAUAACAUGCUCAGAAACCCAGCCAAUCAAAACCUGACUCACGAAGUUCUAUCCACCUUAAUGGCAGAAGUCAGCGCAAUUAUUAAUGCGAGACCUAUCGUAUCAGUUUCUACUGACCCAAACUCACCGUUUAUACUUACACCAUCAGUUCUGUUAACACAGAAAACCGGGACCAUGACACAGCAUCCUGUGGAGUUGGAUACUAAGGAGAUGUAUCGCUCUCAAUGGAAAUACGUUCAGAUUCUAGCGGACACCUUUUGGAAGCGUUGGAAGUCGGAUUAUUUGUCGACUUUGCAGUCAAGACAGAAGUGGGAGUCUGUGAAUGACAACUUGAAACUUGGUGACGUCAUUCUAUUACGCGACCGAGAUGUACCUCGUAAUCAGUGGCCACUAGGAGUGGUAGUGCGUGUGUUCCCUAGCGAGGAUGGUUUAGUCCGAAAGGUGGAAGUACAGGUUGCUCGAGGUGAUGCAAAGACUGUGUAUGUUCGCACUGUGUGUGAAACUGUUAAACUCUUGUCUCUAUAA